GGACACCGAGCGGGGAGCGAGCCUGCGCCACACCUGUGGAGCCGGCAGCCGUCGGAGGUGCCGGCCGGGGUCCCGCGGCGUGCGUGCUCUGGGCGGAGGGCCUCCCGGACCCCGGGGGAGGCGUGCCCCCCGGCUGGGCGCCGCGGGCACCAUGGGGCUCCCCGCGCUGGAGUUCAGCGACUGCUGCCUCGACAGCCCGCACUUUCGAGAGACGCUCAAGUCGCACGAAGCUGAGCUGGACAAGACCAACAAAUUCAUCAAGGAGCUCAUCAAGGACGGGAAGUCACUCAUCAGCGCGCUCAAGAAUUUGUCUUCAGCGAAGCGGAAGUUUGCAGAUUCUUUAAACGAAUUUAAAUUCCAGUGCAUAGGAGAUGCAGAAACAGAUGAUGAGAUGUGUAUAGCGAGGUCUUUGCAGGAAUUUGCCACUGUCCUCAGGAAUCUUGAAGAUGAACGGAUACGGAUGAUUGAGAAUGCCAGUGAAGUGCUCAUCACACCCUUGGAGAAGUUUCGAAAGGAACAGAUCGGGGCUGCCAAGGAAGCCAAAAAGAAGUAUGACAAAGAGACAGAGAAAUAUUGUGGCAUCUUAGAAAAACACUUGAAUUUGUCUUCCAAAAAGAAAGAAUCUCAGCUUCAGGAGGCAGACAGCCAAGUGGAUCUGGUCCGACAGCAUUUCUAUGAAGUAUCCUUGGAAUAUGUCUUCAAGGUGCAGGAAGUCCAAGAGAGAAAGAUGUUUGAGUUCGUGGAGCCUCUCCUGGCCUUCCUGCAAGGACUUUUCACUUUCUAUCACCAUGGUUAUGAGCUGGCCAAGGAUUUUGGAGACUUCAAGACACAGCUGACCAUUAGCAUACAGAACACAAGAAAUCGCUUUGAAGGCACCAGGUCAGAAGUGGAAUCACUGAUGAAGAAGAUGAAGGAGAAUCCCCUUGAGCACAAGACUGUCAGUCCCUACACCAUGGAAGGAUACCUCUAUGUCCAGGAAAAACGUCACUUUGGAACUUCUUGGGUGAAGCACUACUGUACAUAUCAACGGGAUUCCAAACAAAUCACCAUGGUACCAUUUGACCAAAAGUCAGGAGGAAAGGGGGGAGAAGAUGAAUCAGUCACCCUCAAAUCCUGCACACGGCGGAAAACAGACUCUAUUGAGAAGAGGUUUUGCUUUGACGUGGAAGCAGUAGACAGGCCAGGAGUUAUCACUAUGCAGGCAUUGUCGGAAGAGGACCGGAGGCUCUGGAUGGAAGCCAUGGAUGGCCGUGAACCUGUCUACAACUCGAACAAAGACAGUCAGAGUGAAGGGACUGCACAGUUGGACAGCAUUGGCUUCAGCAUAAUCAGGAAAUGCAUCCAUGCUGUGGAAACCAGAGGGAUCAGUGAGCAAGGGCUCUAUCGAAUCGUGGGGGUCAACUCCAGAGUGCAGAAGUUGCUGAGUGUCUUGAUGGACCCCAAAACAGCUUCUGAGACAGAAACAGAUAUCUGUGCCGAAUGGGAGAUAAAGACCAUCACUAGUGCUCUGAAGACCUACCUAAGAAUGCUUCCAGGACCACUCAUGAUGUACCAAUUUCAAAGAAGUUUCAUCAAAGCAGCAAAGCUGGAAAACCAGGAGUCUCGUGUCUCUGAAAUCCACAGCCUCGUUCAUCGGCUCCCAGAGAAAAAUCGGCAGAUGUUACAGCUACUCAUGAACCACUUGGCAAAUGUUGCUAACAACCACAAGCAGAAUUUGAUGACAGUGGCAAACCUUGGAGUGGUGUUUGGACCCACCCUGCUGCGGCCUCAGGAAGAAACAGUAGCAGCCAUCAUGGAUAUCAAAUUUCAGAAUAUUGUCAUUGAGAUCCUGAUAGAAAACCAUGAAAAGAUAUUUAACACCGUACCUGAUAUGCCUCUGACCAAUGCCCAGCUGCACCUGUCUCGGAAGAAGAGCAGUGACUCCAAGCCCCCAUCCUGCAGCGAGAGGCCCCUGACGCUCUUCCACACUGUACAGUCAACAGAGAAACAGGAACAAAGGAACAGCAUCAUCAACUCCAGUUUGGAAUCUGUCUCAUCAAAUGCAAACAGCAUCCUUAAUUCCAGCAGCAGCCUACAGCCCAACAUGAACUCCAGUGACCCAGACUUGGAUGUGGUCAAACCCACCCGGCCCAACUCACUCCCCCCGAAUCCAAGCCCAACUUCACCCCUCUCGCCAUCUUGGCCCAUGUUUUCAGCGCCAUCCAGCCCUAUGCCCACCUCAUCCACGUCCAGCGACUCAUCCCCCGUCAGGUCUGUUGCAGGGUUUGUUUGGUUUUCUGUUGCUGCUGUUGUUCUCUCAUUGGCUUGGUCCUCUCUUCAUGCAGUGUUCAGCCUCCUCGUCAACUUUGUUCCCUGCCAUCCAAACCUGCACUUGCUUUUUGACAGGCCAGAAGAAGCAGUUCAUGAAGACUCCAGCACACCAUUCCGGAAGGCAAAAGCCUUGUAUGCCUGCAAAGCUGAACAUGACUCAGAACUUUCGUUCACAGCAGGCACCAUCUUCGAUAACGUUCAUCCAUCCCAGGAGCCCGGCUGGUUGGAGGGGACUCUGAACGGAAAGACUGGCCUCAUCCCGGAAAACUACGUGGAGUUCCUCUAACCGUGGGCCCCGGCAGAACUGCUGAGCUCUGCAUGGUAUCCAUGACAACUGCUGAUUCCAGUGUUGUAGGCCAUUUCUCUUUGCCACUGAGAAAUGCAGAGUGACUGACUCUGUUGCUACUUGUCAACACAAAUGUUUCUGUGAACUCUUAUGUCCCCCAUCUCCAUGAUCAUCUCAGCUGACGUGUGGCGACACCGCAAGAAACAGAAAUCAAUCAGCAGAGGAGGCUAUUUGACUUUGAUACCCGAAAUAAAGGCUUGCAAAGCCGUUUUCUCAGAGUGCCCUAAAUAGGGAGCACUCGUUUUGUUUCAACGGUCAUCCAAAGCCCCAAACUUCUGAAAGAGAGAGUAAGAUACAAGUAGUCCCCAAGAGCACACAGCAUAGCUAAGUCUGUCAAGGCUGGGUGGAGAAAUUGGCACCGAGAUCCAGGCUCAGUUCAUUGCUUUUGUUUACAGUAGACACCCUCUCUUACUCACCUGUAAGUACUUGAGACCCACAGUGCUGCGGGCAGCUGGGUCUGUUUGCAUGCAGCAUGGAGAGGGAUUACAGCACUGUUUGCAGAAGAUCCAAUCUCUCACCAUCUCUAAAGGAGCCGUUGGCCCAUCAUCAGCAAAAUUCAGCCCAGUUCUCUCAUGGAAGGGAGCACACACCCCCCACAUGCCCCUCUCCUGAGCUAGGAUCUUCUCUGCCACCAAGGGCUGCCAUCACCUAGUAAUCAUGGCAACCCAACCUAGUCUAAAACCAAACCAAAAAAAUAACUCUCUUUGCAUGACACACACACACCCCGUUCCCCACUACCACCACCACCUUUUUGGUAAUUUUUUGAAUGGUUUUCCAACGACCUGAACAGGAUCAAGGAAUUAGUCUACAUGGGGCACAUAGGACAACAGCUGGGAACUGUUCCCUGCCUGAUGAAUUUCAGCAACAUCAGGAUAUAUUUGGAGCAAACUCUAGUAACCUCUUGAGAUUAAACAACAUUCGGGCUUAAUAUUUCUGUUUUUCCAUGCAACUGGUGUUUGCUUUCUAGAGGUCAAGAUGCUGCCUCCCAGUGGGUGACACCAUCCCUUUGAUUAGUUCCCUCAUGUCGUUCCAUUCACUCAUCCCCACCCCUGCCCUGUCCCACCUCCAGCCCAUCACCGAUCAGCCCCCUUGCAGUGCUUUGAGCUGCUGAGCACUGGUGCCCUGUGGUUUUCAGGGAUGAUUCCCAGGCUAACCCUAUGGCCUAUAGUUUAAAAGGACAUCUAUGUUCACUGCCACUCAGAAAAAGGGAAUUGUUUCUCAGGCUUUUGAGGCAUGAAACUAAUAUCAUAGACCCUUGUGAUUCAGGAAGAAACAAAAAGUUUGGGGCAUGAAGGGUGGGAUGGGUGCCUUCCGAUAAAGGGAAUUUCCUGGUCAAAGGGAGCUGGGUCUUGUGGAAGACUGCCUUGGAUGGGGAAGUUCCUUCUGGACAUUUCAAAUUCACUUGGCCUCCAAAGAGUAGAGUUACCAGUAUCUUCCACAGGUGAAUGUCCUUGCAAGAGUGACUCUGGGCCGACAGACCACAAACUGAGACCGUCAAGCUCCCAGGAGCCCCAUGGAUGGCAACAUUUCUCUAGAGAGUGUUUCCUGUUUCUGGAGUUCCUCAUUAAGGAAC